UGGAGUCGGAUUGCGUCGGAUGUUUUUCGUUUUGUGAGUCGGACACAGCGGAACGUGGUGGUUGAAUCCCUCGGUUAUGCUCAUCACACAGGCCUAUAUUUAACAUUUGAAUGAUAUCCCUCAGCUAGAGAGGCGUUUUCCCCGCCGUAUGCUCACAGAGAGGAGACUGCACUGCUAGGAACCGACAAUAUGGACUUGCACAUAUUGGACCACAGGCUUCGAGUCAUCAGCAUAUCCAAAAAUGGGCUUGUGAAUUUCACACACCCCCUGAUUAAACUGAUAUUUCUCCGGAACAGAACACGAUGCAAGUUUUUCAGUUUGACUGAGACACCAGAGAACUACACUGUGGUCCUUGACGAGGAAGGAUUCAAAGAGCUUCGGCCCUCAGAGCAUCUUAAGGUUGAAAGCUCCAUUUGGCUGCCCCUCAACGUCGUCUCCAAUGGAAACGCCUCCAGCAGUUCACAGGCAGUCGGUGUUACAAAGAUCGCCAAGUCGGUCAUCGCUCCCUUGGCCCAGCAGCACGUGUCUGUUUUCAUGCUCUCAACCUAUCAGACUGACUUCAUCCUGGUGAGAGAGAAAGACCUCUCUGUUGUCAUCAGCACUCUGGAGGAGGAGUUCAACAUCUACAAGGAGGUGGGAGGAGAGUCAGUCCCUAUGCACUGUCAGGAUGUCUCGAAUGGCCUGCAGAAGAACGGCAAAGAAGCCACCCAGCCUACAGUUCACCCAGUGCUGAUCCCACAGAACCAGUUUUGUGUCAUGUCUCUGGACCCGGACACUCUGCCGUCCAUCGCCACAACACUCAUCGAUGUGCUUUUUUAUUCAAGCAGUCCUAAAGAAGAUACCAACCAGGACUUGGACCAUAUAAAGUUCUUCUCAUUCUCCCUCAUUGAUGGCUACAUCUCACUGGUGAUGGACACUGAGGCUCAAAGACAGUUUCCUGCUGAUCUUCUCUUCACCAGCUCCUCCGGGGAGCUCUGGAGAAUGGUUCGUAUAGGAGGACAACCUCUGGGCUUUGAUGAAUGUGGUAUAGUUGCCCAGAUAUCCCAACCUCUGGCUGACAGCGACAUUUCGGCCUAUUAUAUCAGCACCUUCAGCUUCGACCACGCUCUGGUUCCUGAGGAGGACAUAGUGAGCGUGACAGACAUGCUCCAGCAUCAGAGGAAAGAACAAGCAGCUAGCUGAUUUCUGAAGUCCUACCUGAGGUGAAUGAUGCCGGCUGAACCUGCCACCCCACACUCCAGCUCCAGUGGCCCCGGGGUGGCGAGCCAGCAGGAAGCAGAGGCUACAUGUGCCUAGAUUAGCACUGCAUCGCCAGCAGUAUUAAUAACUUUAACAACCUUGCCAUGACCACCUGAAGCGCUCCUUUAUGGUGUGAACAAUUUGUCUGUGAGGCCUCCUGUCUUACCUUUCUGGGGCAGGAUGCACUGAGUCCCAGGAGGCCCACAAGCUCAAAUAGGCACAUUAAAAUGCACUAUCACCAACAUUAACAUACACACAUGAACACACAUUAAAAUUAUCAAGCACAAAGUUAGACGUGUGAACAUGUAUGAUAGCGUCUCUUUCCCUUUGGAGAUUUUAUGAUCUGAAGUUGAAUCAUUCAUACACUCGCAUAUAUUUCUCUAGUGCUAUAAACAAACACAGAACUUAGUCUUCCAGCAAUGUUAACAACAUGUGUCUAAAAAACAAGUUUGAUUUAAUUUUAUCUGAUCAAAGGCCAUUUGCAAAAAUGGCAAUUUCUACUGUUUGUGGAUCUGAAAGUGUGAAGCUUGAAAUACAAGGCUUGUGGAUGGCACUGAUGUGACUUUUUUCAGGCUAAAGAAACUGAGAAUAUGCAUUUUUUGACUAGAGGAUGCACUCGUUUUGGUUUGAGAAGAAUGUUCCUGUAGCUCUUUAUCUGUUAAAUUACUACGACUGCUGCCAUGCAGUAAGCUUGGCCAGUUUUUUAAGAGGUCAUCAUUUCUAAACCAUAGUAUUACCCAAGGUCAGUAACACUAUGUCUUAUUUUUUGUUAUUUGCACAAUAAACUGUCAUUUAGUCAAGAUCACUUACGUGUUUUUUCUUGGUACAUUACAUUUUGUACAAUUUGAAGUCUUCUGUAAACAUUUGUAUUUUUGUGCUGCUUCAUUCAAUAAACAGUAUUAAAAUGA